AUGAACUUUUUUACAGUAAAAAAAAAAAAAUUUAAUGGAGGCUGCAUUAAUUACAGAUGCAACAGGUGAGCAAAGUUGUUUAUCUUUUUGGAACCUUACUACAGGCGUCAUUUUAAAAAGCUAUAAAAAUGGAACAUGCGCUAGAAAUAGUGUUGGUUUUGUUGGAAAUGACUAUAUCAUAUCUGGACAACAUGAACAACAGCUGUUACAUAUUUAUGACUCACAUAAUGAGCAAGUUGUCAAAAAGAUUGUCUGUCCUGGAAAAAUAUCUUCUUUGGCUGUUUCACCUGAUGGUCAUUAUUGUAUUGUUGCAUUGGUAGAAAAAAUAUAUGUUUGGCAGAUAAACACAGGUAACCUAAUAAAGAUCCUUUCAAAGCAUUAUCAAAACAUCAAUGCCAUUCAUUUUUCACGUGAUGGUAGCUUUUUUCUAUCGUGUGGAGAUGAUAACCUUUUGCUUAUUUGGAAUUUUUCAAAUAUUUGUCAGCCAAAAGAUGAUUUUAAUGAUGAUUCAGAGAAGCCCACAUUUAUUUUAUCCCAUCACUCAUUACCUAUCAAAGAUUUUUAUGUUGGGAUUGGUGGAAUGCGGUGUCAUGUUGCAACAUGCUCUUUAGAUCAAACAUGCAAGAUAUAUGAUAUGAGCUCAGGAACACUGGUGUGUUCUUUUCUCUUUGAAAAUAGUUGUUCGUCAGUUACUAUGGAUAUAGAUGAAAAAAGACUUUUUGCUGGUACAACAAAUGGGAAGAUACAUUUUGUAAACUUGUAUUCAAAAGAAAAAGUAAGAGAAACUCAUGUUGCUACUAAUGAAUCUACACUUCAAGCUCAUACAAAGGAAGUUAGUUCAUUGUCAGUUAGCAUGGACGGUACUAAGCUGUUGUCUGGCUCAUUUGAUUGUAAUGUAAAGCUUUGGCAUAUAUCGAGUAAGCAAUGUCUGAGGACAUUUCAAUUUAAAGGUGCAAUAACAAAUGCUGUUAUUGUUUCAAUUCCAAGCUUUUUACAAGAAAAUCAUAAAUCAUUAAACUUGAAAAUUCCUAUUCCGAAUUUCAAUAGAACUGUCUACACACCUUUUAUGAAAAAACCAGACUUUGACUCAUCAGAAUGGGAAGAUAAAAUUCCUGUAAUUAUAAAACCAUUGGAUAUGAGCUUCCAUAAACAGUUUGUUCUUCCAGUUGACGAAAUAAAUUGUGAUAAACAAUUUGAUGAUAUUAUGCAUCAGUGCUCAGCAAUUCAUUCGCCUGAAGAGUUUUCAUUAGAAACUGCAACGCGUGAUCAAUUAAUAGAACAAAUAAACAACCUUCAAGCUAUUUCAAAAGAGUUUUACUCAUUAGUAUGCCAAAGUAUCUUCAAAGAAACAUAAAUUUUUUAAAAUACUUUAUAUCAAUGCAAAAAAACAAUCUGAAAAUUUUUGUUAAA